AUGUGUGGGACGUGUUGGAGGGUGGGAUCCCCGCGACUUCCUACACGCUGGAGUGCGUCCCGAGCGAAGUGGGCAGUGCCGAGUGGAUGGGCAGGCAAUUCGGAGUGUCCACGAUGGCCACGUCGGAAUUCGUUGGGUGUUGGUGGUGGACGGCGAGCCAACCUCCUCGCUCACCGGUUCGCUCUGGGUGUGGGUGUGGGUGUGGGUGUGAGUGAGCAGGAAUCUGGUGGGCGAUGGGGUGGGGUCCGUGGCUCCCUACGAAGGUGUGCAGAGUCGACCGGGCUCUCUGGAUCUCUUCCUGUCCAACUGGGCGCAGAACGCCACCGUGGUCUCCGUCACCCAGCCCCUCCGCCUCCGCCUCCGCUUCCGCUUCCGCUUCCUCUUCGCCUACGACGUGACCGGCGCGCUCAUCCGCGCCCACCUCGUCGAUCACGCCUGGUGCGCCGUGGGUCGCGAUGUUUCCACGUUUCCACGAUCUAUGCUGCGGCUGCGCCGCACGCUGGAGAAGGAAGGGAGGAACUGGUUUUUCAGGACGGGAGGCGUGCGGUGCGAUAAGCGGUUUGUGGGCCGCGGGAUGAGCGAUGCGGAGAUGUAGGAGUGCUUCUCGGUAGAGAAUGUGCACCAAUGCGAAUGUGAAGAGACGAAUGUUCUGAGAGAGUUGUAAAGAAUGCGUUUAAGUGCGAUCUUGAUUAGUUCUGUGUGAAUUGU